UUUGUUCACCAUAUAUUGAAGCAGUUAAUAACAAACUAUAGGGUCCUCAAGGAUAAAGGAGUCUAUAUUCUGAUCACAUAUGGAGCUCCAUUGUAUCGUUUGCAUUUGUUAAGAGAGUCAUGCUCGUGGACAAUAAAACUCCAUGUGAUAGAGAAACUUGCCUGCGAAGAUAAAUCAGAACCUCCAAUAUGGGAGCUGACAAAUCCUGUUCCUUUGAAUGACAAUGGAAGCUCAGCGGAGGAAUUGCUCGGAAAUAACCCUGAUGUGCAUUAUAUUUACGUUUGUGCAAAGGAUAAUUCUUUAAAGCCAGGCCUUAAGCGUGAAACAUCUGUUGAUUGAGGAAAAUGAGAAUCUUCAACCUCUUGCAGAGUCUGUUUCCCUUUACCUGCAUUGUUGCAUGUGUUGAAAGUUGAAACUGAUAAUUAUAGCUUCUUUUAGUAUGUAAUGUUGAACCAUAAGCUGAACAUCUAAUUGGCAUGGGAUCUGCAAUUCAUUUGUUGAUAUUUUGAAGUUAUUGUAUUGGAACUGAUAACAAUGUAAUGGUGAAGUAUUGAGUUUCAACA